AUGGAAUUUGAGAAGCUCGCUAUCAGCGAGCGGAAGAUCAUCGUCGGCAUUGACUUUGGCACGACUUACUCUGGUGUAGCGUGGGCUGAGACACAAAGACCUGAUCGACGGGUCGCUAUCACCUCAUGGCCAGUCAGUAAGACCAUCCGAGAGGGUGAGACCUCCGAGAAGGUCCCAACCAAGCUCAGGUACUCCAACGGCGAGACACAAUGGGGGUUCUCCAUCCCGAUGACGGCUCCGGAGAACGAGAUUAACGAGUGGUUCAAGCUCGACCUCGACCCCAGUCUCGCCAGUGCCGGCGACGCAGUAACCAGAGAGGCCGCCCGAGGCGGCAGAGAUGUGGAUAAGCUUGUCACUGACUAUCUCUCGGCCCUGGGAGAACAUCUGCUCUACACACUCAAGGAGAAGCUCGGCGAGGGCGUCGUGAGAAGCACGCCGCUGGAGUUUGUCGUUACCGUGCCGGCGAUUUGGAGCGAUCUUGCCAAAGACAAGACGAAACAGGCGUGUCACCGAGCGUCGGGUAUUAGCCAUGCCCACGUUCCGAUCCACCUAAUUUCAGAGCCCGAGGCUGCUGCCAUAUAUGCUCUCCAUGGCCUAGAUCCCCAUGGUCUCAGCGUUGGUGAUAGCUUUGUCAUCUGCGACGCUGGUGGCGGAACAGUUGACUUGAUCUCGUAUACUAUCACCAGCCUUAGACCUAUUCUAGAAGUCCAGGAGGCAACUCCCGGCACCGGUGAGCUAUGUGGUUCGACGUUCCUCAACAUGCGAUUUGCGAAGUUUCUGAAGCAGAAGAUCGGCAAGGAGGACGGAUUUGAUGAUGAGGUCAUGGCUGAAGCCAUGGAGAAAUUCGAAAAGACAAUCAAGCGCCAAUUCACAUUGAACGCUCCACCUGACGAGACAUACUCGAUCCCGGUUCCUGGUCUCGCGAAUAACAAGGAACUCGGCAUUAGUCGAGGUAGAUUUGCCCUGAAGGCGUCGGAUCUUCAGGUCAUAUUCGAGCCUGUCAUCCAGAAAGUCAUCAAGCUGGUCCAGGACCAGAUCACAUCUAGCAACGUGCCGAUCCGCGCAAUUCUCCUCGUGGGUGGCUUUGGUGCCUCAAACUACCUCAAAGAGCGUCUUCGCAAUUCAAUCGACCGCAAGAUUCAGAUCAUGCAACCUCCGAACGCGUGGCUUGCAGUUGUUCAGGGUGCCGUGAUGAAGGGCCUCGCUCAGUGUGCCCCCGAGAAGCUUACCGUUGUCAAGCUGCAGAAUCGUAAAGCACGAAAACAUUAUGGCACAGAAUGGCGCACAAGGUACGACGCGAAGAUACAUGGCCAUCUCAUCGAUAAACGGCAUUGGUGUGGACUGGAUGGGUGCUGGAAGGUGUACACGAUGGAGUGGUUCAUCAAGCGAGGCGACACCGUCUCUGAGAAUGAGCCUUUCUUCACAUCCUUUGUCUGGACUGGUCCUGUGAGUCAGGGCCGCAUCCGCAAGAUCAAGAUGGACAUCUACGCGGACCGUGCGAUGCGUGAUGCCCCGGUCGCUCGCGACGACCACACAAAUCUCGUAUGCCAUGUUGAGGCAGAUGUCAGCCAUAUUCCGGAGAACUCGCUACAGCGGCGUAGGGGCAACGACGGCCAGUGGUAUUAUGAUCUGAACUGCAAGAUCGAGGCUGUCUACCUGAGUGCCAGCACGCAGUACACAUUGAUCUACAACAACCAGAGAUAUAACUCCGUCACGGCGGAAUAUGUGUAA